AAAAUCACAGAAGAAUAAUUACUUUGAGCAGUCGGACGGAGAGGAUAUAAUUUAAUGGUUUUGGAGCUCAACACUGACAAAAUUGCUCAUUUGAAGCCGAAUUGAUUCUUGCAAGGCUGAAAGUUAGUCUUUGGUGGCGUGCAUGUCUGGAAAAAGCGUAUGAGACACUGAUAGCAUUGCACAGACAGCUGGCGGGGAAGAAUGUCUGGAAGUGUUGUGUUAGCUGUUAUCUAGCUAACGUUAGCACUAGCCAACUGACUAGCUAACUAAAUCGUCACAUUCACUGAGCAGGAACUCAUUGCCUUAUUACACUUGUCUUGCAACAUUUAAUUCGUGGAAACGCUCGAGCAUCACUGGUGCUUUUUUUGUGGAUACAGGAAGAACUUUCCAAUCCACACGACCAUUGCCUCAAACCUGUAGUUCACGAACAUGAUCAAAUUCAUUUACCGUAUCAAUGCAUGAAAUCAAGAUGAACAGGAAGAAGGACAAGGGAUUUGAGAGCCCGCGGCCUUUUAAAUUGACUCACCAGGUUGUCUGCAUCAACAACAUCAACUUCCAAAGAAAGUCUGUGAUUGGCUAUGUGGAGCUGACCAUCUUUCCAACUGUGGUCAACCUGAACCGGAUCAAGCUCAACAGCAAGCAGUGCAGGAUCUACAGGGUCAGAGUCAACGACCUAGAAGCACCAUUCAUUUACAAUGACCCUACUCUAGAGGUCUGCCACCAUGAGUCCAAGCAGAGGAACCUGAACUAUUUCUCCAGUGCCUACACAGCAGCAGUCAGUGCUGUGGACCCAGACGCAGGACACGGGGAACUGGUCAUCAAAGUGCCCUCUGAGCUGUGGAAGCAAGGAGACGAGAUGAAUGUGCUGAAGGUGUACAUAGAGUUCUCUCUAGACCAGCCUAAAGGAGGCCUUCACUUUGUGGUGCCUGACGUAGAGGGGAGCAUGGCUGAGAGAGGAGCACACGUCUUCUCCUUCGGAUACCAGAACUCCACAAGGUUCUGGUUCCCCUGUGUGGACUCGUACUCUGAGCUGUGCACCUGGAAGCUGGAGUUCACAGUGGAUGCAUCUAUGGUGGCUGUGUCCUGUGGGGACUUGGUAGAGACUGUCUACACCCAUGACAUGAGGAAGAAGACCUUCCACUAUGUCCUCCCCAUCCCCACCGCGGCCCCCAACAUCUCACUGUCUGUCGGGCCCUUUGAGAUCCUGGUUGACCCCUACAUGCAUGAGGUGACCCACUUCUGUUUGCCCCAGCUCCUGCCCCUGUUGAAACACUCCAUGUCGUACCUGCAUGAGAUCUUUGAGUUCUACGAGGAGAUCCUGACCUGUCGAUACCCCUACUCCUGCUUCAAGACUGUGUUUGUGGACGAGGCCUACGUCCAGGUGUCUUCGUACGCUUCUAUGAGCAUCUUCAGUACUAAUCUGCUGCACAGUGCCAUGAUCAUAGACCAGACCCCCCUGACCAGACGGUGUUUAGCUCAGGCCCUGGCACAGCAGUUCUUUGGCUGCUUCAUCUCCAGGAUGUCAUGGGCUGAUGAGUGGGUGCUGAAGGGGAUCUCUGGCUACAUCUAUGGUCUGUACCUGAAGAAGACCUUUGGAGUGAACCAGUACCGCCACUGGAUCAAAGAGGAACUGGACAAGAUGGUGGAGUAUGAGCUGAAGAUGGGGGGAGUUCUGUUACACCCAACCUUCGGUGGAGGCAAAGACAAGGACAACCCAACCCCUCACCUCCACUUCUCCAUCAAGCACCCUCACACCCUGUCCUGGAAGUACUACAAGAUGUUCCAGUGUAAAGCCCACCUGGUCAUGAGGCUCAUCGAGAACAGGAUCAGCAUGGAGUUCAUGCUGCAGGUGUUCAACAAGUUACUAAGCCUGGCCAGUACAGCCUCCUCCCAGAAGUACCAGUCACACAUGUGGAGUCAGAUGCUGGUAUCCACCCACAGCUUCCUCAAGUCCAUCUCCAACGUGUCGGGGAAGGACAUAGGGCCCCUCAUCAAGCAGUGGGUAGACCAGAGUGCAGUGGUGAAGUUCUUUGGUAGUUUUGCCUUCAACAGGAAACGGAACGUUCUAGAACUGGAGAUCCGACAGGACUACACCUCCUCUGGAACACAGAAAUAUGUGGGCCCCAUCAAGGUGACAGUCCAGGAGCUGGAUGGAUCCUUCAACCACACUCUACAGAUAGAGGAGAACAGCCUGAAGCACGACAUUCCCUGCCACUCAAAGAGCAGACGAAACAAGAAGAAGAAGAUACCUUUGAUGAACGGGGAGGAGGUUGACAUGGACCUGUCUGCUAUGGAUGCGGAUUCUCCCUUGCUGUGGAUCCGGAUCGAUCCGGACAUGUCCAUCCUGCGUAAGGUGGAGUUUGAGCAGGCAGACUUCAUGUGGCAGUACCAGCUCCGGUAUGAGCGUGACGUAGUGGCCCAGGAGGAGUCUAUUUUAGCCCUGGAGAAGUUCCCCACCCCAGCCUCCCGUCUGGCCCUCACUGACAUCCUAGAACAGGACCAAUGCUUCUACAAGGUCCGCCAGGGUGCCUGCUUCUGCCUCGCCAAGAUUGCUAACUCCAUGAUGAGCACAUGGACGGGUCCUCCAGCCAUGAAGUCUCUGUUCACCAGGAUGUUCUGCUGUAAGAGCUGUCCCAACAUCGUCAAGACCAACAACUUCAUCAGCUUCCAGAGCUACUUCCUACAGAAGACCAUGCCUGUAGCCAUGGCUCAACUCAGAGACAUCCAGAACCUCUGUCCCAAAGAUGUCCUCAACUUCAUCCUGGACCUCAUCAAGUACAACGACAACAGGAAGAACAAGUUCUCUGACAACUACUACCGUGCUGAGCUGAUUGAUGCUCUGACCAACUCCCUGACCCCGGCCAUCAGCAUUAGUAACGAGGUCCGCACCGUGGACAACCUCAACGGAGACGUACGCCUCAUCCUGGAGGAGAUCACACGCUUUCUUAACAUGGAGAAACUACUGCCCAGCUACCGCAACACCAUCACUGUCAGUUGUCUCAGAGCUAUCCGGAUGCUUCAGAAGAAUGGCCAUAUUCCCAGUGACCCCUCUCUGUUUAAGUCCUAUGCAGAAUACGGACACUUUGUGGAUGUGCGUGUCGCAGCACUGGAAGCUGUGGUGGACUACACAAGAAUUGACAGGAGCUCCGUGGAACUGCAGUGGCUGCUCAACAUGGUCCAGAAUGACCCCGCUCACUACAUCAGACACAAGAUCCUGAGCAUGCUGGGUAAAAACCCUCCCUUCACCAAAGCAGCCGAGUCUCCACUCUGCAACGAGGCUCUGGUUGACCAGCUGUGGAAACUCAUGAACUCAGGUACGUCUCAUGACUGGCGAUUGCGGUGUGAUGCGGUGAACCUUUACUACACUCUGUUUGGUCUGACGCGCCCCUCCUGCCUGCCCCUGCCCGAGCUGGGCCUGGUACUCAACCUCAAGGAGAAGAAGGCCGUCCUCAACCCCACCAUCAAGCCUGAACAGGGGCCAGGCACCACAGAGAUAACUGGCAACACCAUGGGGGUUCACAUCCCCGUCAUGGGCUUUACUAGCAGUCUGGAUGAGGGCCUGAUCGCCAUGGAGACAGUGUCCAGCGUGUCUAUGUCCAGUGGUGUCGCCCCACUUCCUCAGGGUCUGAAGAGAAAGUUGGACAGUGGAGUUGGACCACUGGGCUCCUCUCCACCGGAGCCAGGCCAGGUACUGCAGGAAGAGGACAGCAGUAAAAAAUUCAAGAUCAGAUUCAACACCAUGGAGGAGGAUGAAAUUGACAUGGAGAGUCCCCAUGACAGUCAGGCGUUCAUCCACCACCACCUCAACAUCCUGGAGAGGCCUUCCACACCAGGUAAGGAACCUCCAGUCGUGGACCAGGCUGUCCUCUCCCUGCCUGUCACCCCCUUACCUUCCUUCAGCAAAGAGUCCACUUCUUCCUCCAAACACAGCACUGACCACCACCACCACCACCACCACGAGCACAAGAAGAAGAAGAAGAAGAAGCACAAACACAAACACAAGCACAAGCACGACAGUAAAGACAAGGACAAGGAGAGGGACUCCCAUGCCUUCAGUAACAGCCCUGCUAGUGGACGCUCCAUGAGGUCUCCAUCCAUGUCUGACUAGAACACAGCGCUGCUUCCUGGUUGGUCCUUCAGUAACAGCCCUGCUAGUGGACGCUCCAUGAGGUCUCCAUCCAUGUCUGACUAGAACACAGCGCUGCUUCCUGGUUGGUCCUUCAGUAACAGCCCUGCUAGUGGACGCUCCAUGAGGUCUCCAUCCAUGUCUGACUAGAACACAGCGCUGCCUCCUGGUUGGUCCAGAGCUAUGAAACACAGUAUCACCCGCAAGAGAGACUGAGCUGUAAAACAUCACCCUCAAGACUACAGACUCCAGCUGUCAGUCAGUGUUCCAACUCCUCUGAAUAGAGCUUACUGGUUUACUGCAUGUCAGUGCACUUCAGUCGGCUAGCCUGGAAUCCACACUAAAUAUUGUUCUGUUUCACUGUUUGAAUCUGAGCUAUAUUUAGUUUGGAUUUGGAAAAUGGAGCAAUAUUCAGUGUGGAUUCAAGGCUAGUCAGUGUAGGUGGAGGGGGAAAACGCGUGUAGCCUAACCUACAUUCUGUGACGUCAUCAUUAACCACACAGAGAGGCAGACCUGUGGGCCUCUCCAGAAGGAGCCCUUUAGUUUUAAAAGUCUCCCAUCACCACACACACACACACGCACACACUUCUGGCUAUGCCUGAGCCUUUCUGUCUCCUACCAUCAUCAACAACAUGUUCAGUUAGUGGCUGGGCUCACAAGGGAACCUCUUCAGCCUGUUGAGGACGUAACCGGUCUCAGACUGCCACUAGUCUUUCCCCAGGUUUUAUAACGUCACCCUGGACAUUGAAUUACAGGUUUACUGUAAUUAACCCUGCUAUUAAACUAAGAGGGGAAAUUCCACUCUUAUUCAGAGAGCCAAUCAAUUCAAAGGUGGAAGAAUCAAGAAUGAUAAACAUUUAGGAUGUAAAGUGUAAGCUGUCUAAUUAGGCUGACCUGCGGUAGACCAUGGCUGUCUGCGUUCUGAACAGUACCCUAUUCCUUUCAUAGUGCACUACUUUUCACCAGGUCCCAUACGGCCCUGGUCAAAAAGUAGUGCACUUUAUUGGGAAUAGGGUGCAGUUUUGGAUGCUGCCAUGACUAAUACCCUCAUUGCUGGCCUGUAUGACAUGACCAUACUGAAGAGUCAUUGGGUUUUUCUAUACUUUUUCUAUUGCAUUCAUAUGGCGCUGUUUCUAACCAUGCAUGUUUUAACUGUUCAUGUUUUUAUUGUUAAGUAGUUAGAUUGUGGCCUCCUUGUCCCUGACCCAAUCAGUAACUAGAUUGUGGUCUCCUUGUCCCUGACCCAAUCAGUAACUGUUCUAUAUAUUCAUUAUGUACUGCAGUUUUGUUAGAACAUUUUGUUUUUUGUAGGAUAGUACUACAUUAUCAUAAAGAUGUUGGAAAAUAAAGCUUCUGAAACCAAGAA